GAUUUGCUUGCAAAUGUCCUCCAAAUGUCGGGUACUGGGGUCACGAUCACGAACCCGCUGGUUCUGUAUCGAAGUUUGAUAGCAACGCAAAAGAUACGGCCGGAUCCAGCCCAGCAUCGCCUUGCAUUACAUCUACAAAAACUCUACGAAAACCUGAUCGACUAUGAACCCUCUGUAGAAUACUCUAAAAGAUUACAACAGCUGUCUCGAGCUGUCGAAUCUGGCCAAAAUGCUGCACCACCACCACCAGCAGACCUGGCCUCUCGAAGUUUGCGAACGCGAGGCCUAUGGAACUCAUUGCUUGCUCAAAAGCAAAACAGAGACUCUAUGGAGUUGACUCGUGUUUUAACCGACCAUGAACAAGCUAUGCAGCUACAAAGUCCGAAAGGUCUCAUGUUGCACGGUGAAGUCGGGACAGGGAAGUCUAUGCUCAUCGACCUGUUCCAGGAUUGUCUACCGAAUCGGAAGAAGCGCCGUUGGCACUUCAACAGCUUCAUGCUUGAUACAAUCUCUCGACUUGAACAAAUUCGCAGGUCUCGAGCAAGGAUAGCUGGGCCGGAGGCAACGCAUGACGAAAACUCACUUUUGAUAGUGGCGCGCGACCUUAUCGAAACAUCGCCAAUAUUGUUCCUAGAUGAGUUCCAGCUACCGGAUCGCGCAGCUGCCAAGAUUCUAUCGAACCUCAUGACCUCCUUCUUCCAACUCGGAGGUGUACUUAUUGCAACAAGCAAUCGUAUGCCAGAGGAUCUUGCCAAAGCUGCGGGCUUGGAAUUUGAUGCCCCCAAAAGUAGACAAAGCCGGCUAGGAUGGUCAAUAGGAGGACGUCCUGGUGCGUCCAGAAGAGACGAAGGGCCUGGUCAGAAAGGCGAGUUCGCGGCGUUCUUGGAAGUGUUGAGAGCUCGCUGUGAAGUCUGGGAGAUGGAAGGGAAGAAAGACUACAGGAAGCUUGAGUACGAAGACAGAUCUCAGAGCACUACAGGAACUCAGACAACCACAACCACUACUACGACUUCGACAACAGUAAGCAUAGGUGGUGCAAAUCUCGCCAAGGAGGCGGCACAAGAUGAGCAGGACUCAAAAGACACUACGUCCCCACCAAGCAUUACUUUGCCCAAGAACUAUCUCGUCCAGCCUUCUACUGCCGAAGAGCUUACAACGUUUGCGGAAACUUUCAAUGCCCUUGUCGAGCGCGCAACCUCAACAUCCUACCCCAUUCCCUGGGAAUCUACCACGAUCACAGUGUACGGUCGGCCAAUAGCUAUACCUGCUCAACACAAUGGUGUCGCCUUCUUCACAUAUGAAGAAUUGUGCGGUGCCGCUCUCGGGCCAGCAGAUUACAUAACCCUGGCAUCGACCUAUCACACCUUCAUCCUCACAGAUGUACCUGUCAUGCAGUUUCUGCAAAAGAAUGAAGCAAGGCGAAUGAUCACUUUGCUCGAUGCUCUGUACGAAGCGCGAUGCCGCCUCCUCGUCACUGCUGCAGCAGGCCCAGAUGACAUUUUCUUCCCCGAGCCUCCAGCUUCAGCGACUGGUACCGUUACCGAAGAACUUGUGGACGAUGCCGUCUAUUCCGAGACAUACUCCGAGAUCUAUCAAGACGCCACAUCGCCGUUCAGACCCAACAUAUCUUCUUAUGGCGGCGACACACUUGCGCACGACGCGCUGGAAGACGAUCCGCCAAACAAGACUCGCAUUCCUGGCUCAUCUUAUACUGACGAGCGCAGACUCAGCGACGGCAGCAAAGCACCCGACUUCGCUAACAUUGGCGGCCUGACAGGAGAAGACGAGCGCUUCGCCGUCAAGCGCGCAGAAAGCCGCAUCUGGGAAAUGUGCUCCAAGCGCUGGUGGGAGCGUGGCGCCACCGACGACGCGUCCGCAGAGCCAGACAUGUCAUGGUGGCGUCCUCUUCCCGUCACAUCGCGGCACUGGGAGCGCGCGUCUCUUGCGCAGUCCACGCCUAGUGCUACAUCGCUGCCACCGAACGUCAAGGUCUUAUCGGCAGAUGAGCAACAGGGGCAGUUGUUCCCGCAUGGUGCGAGUCCGUUCAGGACGAACCCAGAUGCGCCGCCGAAGAUUGAUUGGACGCAUGUUUGGGGGACGGUCAAGUGGGGGAAGAAAGCUGGGGCUUGGGGGAAGGGUGUGGAGGGGUUGGAGGAGAGGAAGAAGGAUGAGGGUGAUGGGAAGGAUGGAGGAAAGUCAGGGUAGAGUUUGGCUUAGACAAAUGUUAGGGUGGAUUUAGCUCACUCGUUAUGUCAGUGCAGUCUCUCUUGAA